GCCACGCCCCCUCCGGCCUCGCGCAUGCCCCGUGAGGGCUCCAAGAUGGCGGCGGCGGCGCCGGGAGGCGGCGGCUCCUGCGGGGGGGGCGGGGGGGGCUCCGGGAGCGCCGGGAACGGCACCGGGAAUAACGCCGGGAAUAACGGCGGGAUGGAGGUGGACGGGGCAGGCGUGCCGCAGGUGAUGGCGGGGGGAGUGACCGGCAGCGUUUCCGUGGCUCUGCACCCUCUGGUCAUCCUCAACAUCUCCGACCACUGGAUCCGCCUGCGCUCCCAGGAGGGGAGGAACGGACAAGUGGUGGGGGCGCUGAUCGGGCGCCAGGAGGGCCGGAACAUCGAGGUGAUGAAUUCCUUUGAGCUGUUGGCCCACGGCUCCGGGGGACAUCUGCUCAUCGACAAGGAGUAUUAUUACACCAAGGAGGAGCAAUUCAAGCAGGUGUUCAAGGAUUUGGAAUUUUUGGGGUGGUACACGACGGGGGGAGCCACGCUGCUGUUCGCCGAGCUGCCGUACACUUUGGCCACCGAGGAGGCCGAGAGGAUCGGGGUGGAUCACGUGGCGAGGAUGACGGCCACGGGAGGAGGGGAGAACAGCACGG